AUGGACGUAACAACUUCCAUUAAUCCUGUGAAGAUAAUCGAAAUUGCUGACGAAGACAACAACAAUGACGAUGUUUCAGUAAUAUAUUCAACCCCAAGAACCUCAAAGCGUAAACGAACCAAAAUUACUGAUCCUAUUUCAGUAGAAGAUUACUUCGAGAAAAAAAACCUCGAAAUUUUUCGUUCAAAAGCCAGCAGCAAUGGAACAGGCAAAGUCAUAAUUGACCUAUCGAAAGAAUAUCCAGAUGAUGAAAUACAAAUUUUUGGCUCAAGAUUUUCACUACCUAGUUCUAAAGAUCCAAAAGGGUGUUCGAAUUCAUCGAACACGAAUUCAAUCAACAACAACAUAUCUAGUGUGAUCCCACAAGUAAUUCAAAUAUUUGGCUCAAAAUAUUCACUACCUAGUUCUAAAGAUCCAAAAGGGUGUUCGAAUUCAUCAAAUAAGAAUUUAAAAAACAAUAACAACAUACCCAGUGUGAUUUCACAAGUGGUGUCUGAGGAGUAUAGGACGUACACAGAUCUUAAACCUACCUUUGAUGAUAAUUUCAUCUGUGAAAUUUGCGUUGACGAAAAGUCAAUGACUGAAAAUUUCAAAAUUAUGGGAUGCAAUCAUUCUUAUUGCAAUCAGUGUACGGCUAAUUAUAUAGCCUCAAAGCUCCAACAAAACAUAACAAGAAUUUCAUGUCCAGUUUUGGGGUGUAACGGCCAAUUAGAACCAUAUAAUUGUCGUUCGAUUUUGCCUAAACAAGUUUUUGAUAGAUGGGGUGAUGUGUUAUGUGAGGCAAUGAUAUUAGGUUGUGAGAAAUUUGAUUGUCCGCUUAAAGACUGUUCUGCCCUUUUGAUUGAUGAUAGUAGUUGUGAUGGUGGUGAUUUUGUGGUGACUCAAAGUGAAUGUCCCGAAUGUAGAAGGUUGUUUUGUGCAAAGUGUAAAGUUGCUUGGCAUUCGGGUAUUUUGUGUGAAGAAUUUCAGAAGUUGAAUAAAGAUGAAAGGGAGAAAGAGGAUUUACAGCUUAUGCAACUUGCUAAGGGGCAAGAAUGGCAGAGGUGUCCAAGGUGUCAGAUAUACAUUGUAAGGUCUUCUGGUUGCGCUCAAAUGCGAUGCAGGUGUGGAUGCUACUUCUGUUAUAAAUGUGGAGCUGAGUCGACUAAUCACCACUGCAAACGCUGUGGUACUUAAAAACAUAUUUUAUUUCAACUUAUCAGUACUGUUCUUUAUUUUUCAUUGCCAAAUAUGAGUCCGCUGUGGUUGUAGCACUAUGUUUAGAAUAUAAAUUGUGACUUGCGAGUUAUAAUUCAAUUGUAUAUAGUGGUGAUUACAUGGAAACAUUUCAUAGAUAUGCAUAUAUAUAGUUCACCAUUCUUCGAAGAUCGAUCAUUUUGUACAGCAACUACUACUAUACCUCAGUCUUAAACAAGUUGGGGUCGGCUACACUUCUUCAUUUAA